AUGUUGAUGCCAAAGAAACACCGUACAUUAAUCUAUGAAUAUUUAAUGAGAGAGGGUGUUGUUGUUGCUGAAAAGGAAUUUGGUCUAGAUAAACAUCCUGCCAUAGCUGUGCCAAAUAUUCAUGUUAUCAAAGCACUACAAUCAUUAAAAUCUCGUAAUUUAGUUAAAGAACAAUUUGCAUGGCGUCACUAUUACUGGUAUUUAACAAAUGAUGGUACAAAUUAUUUACGAGAAUAUUUAAAUUUACCACCGGAAAUUGUACCAGCCACGUUGAAACGACCAACAAGACCAGAUACUAAACAAGCUAAAAGAGUCGAUUCAACUCGUGCUCAAUCUCCACAAGGUGAUCAAGGUCGUCAAGAAUAUCGUCGUACUGAUAGAAGUGGAUAUGAUAAACAAGGUGAAGCUGGUGCCGGAUCAGCUCGACCAGAAUUUGUACAUAGAAUUGGAAAAAUGGUAACUAAAUUAAAACCACUGAAUAAAGGACGAAUAUUAAAAAAACGAACAAAAAAAUUUGUUCGUCAUCAAAGUGAUCGUUAUAAUCGUCUACGUCCAAAUUGGCGUAAACCACGUGGUAUUGACAAUCGUGUUCGACGACGAUUCAAAGGUGUUUAUUUGAUGCCAAGUAUCGGUUAUGGUUCAGACAAACGUACAAGACACAUGAGACCAGAUGGAUUUAGACCAUUUCUUGUUCAUAAUGUGAAAGAAUUAGAAAUGUUACUAAUGCAAAACAGAAAGUUUGCAGCUGAAAUUGGUCAUACGGUAUCAGGACCAAAUCGUAAGAAAAUCGUUGAACAUUUUAAUACAUACGGAGAAAGAUGUUACUAUACUGAUGUUCAAAGUCCAUCUUUAUCAACCUCUACGCAUAGUAAUCAAGAUUUUUUACUCAAAAACGAUAAAACAACAAAAAGUUCUUUAAUACCUUCAACAAUAUGUUCAACACAUGAUAAAAAAAAUCGAAAAAAUUUUGAAUAUGCACAAUUAGAACUCUUAGAGAAAGCAUUUGAAAACAGUCAUUAUCCAGAUGCGUAUACACGAGAGCAGUUAGCCAGACAAACUGGUCUAGCUGAAAAUAAAGUACAAGUAUGGUUUCAAAAUCGUCGUGCAAAAUAUCGUCGUAAUACUUCAUUAUUGUCAUUAUCAUCGAAUAAACGUUCACAUAGAUCACUCAAUUCGUCCAUGUCAGUUUCACUUACGGUUUGUCAUCCAACAGUGAUUAUUGGACCAAAACAAGCAACAAAUAGUGUUAUUGGUGCAGCUCUAGCAAGACAACAUCAAUGUGAUAUUUUAGCAUAUCAACCACCACAACAUUAUUAUUUAACACCGCCACCGUCAUACGAACAAUACCUUUCAACACUAGCUUAG